AUGGCUUCCAAGAAAGCGCUCGCCUAUGGCGAACAUUUCAGGCCAGAAAGAUUAAAAUGGCCAGAGCCAGAGUCAGUUGCUUUCAUGGAGGCAUUAGCUAGAGAAGACAUUGAUGAAGCUAUACAUGCAAUAGUAUUUAGAGAAAAUUACGUUGCGAAAGUAAGAGUCCCUCAUUUUGUGAUUCCUCUGUUUAGAAGAUAGCAAGAGAUGCAUGAAGAGAAGAGAGCUGUUAUUCAGUAUGAGACAGGAAAAGGAUACACCUUAAAAGAAUUUAAAGACCUAGAGAAGGCUGGGCUUUAUGCCAAAUUGCCCCAAUUCACUUUUACUCUACAUAGUGUUAUUCCAAAAGAGCGGCGUAAAGCCUCUGUGAGAUCUGUGAUAAGCAGAACUCAUAGUAAAUGCAGUUCUGAAAAACUUACCUAUUCAGGAAAGAAAUGUCUACCCGAUAAAGAGAACAAGACUACUGACCUGAGUCAGAUUGUUUUUGAAAGGAUGUUUCAUUCCUCGAAGCUCAGCCAGGAGAAUAAAAGGGACGAGAAGAAUUGUGUGGUGAGUGGACGAGAUCUGGGGGGAGCGGGGCUGGGAUGGCGUACGUUUGCAGCAUGCACAAGAGAGCAGACGUUGAUUGUGGAAUCUGAGCCACUGACAGAUCCCUCCUUCUCACAUGGGUUCCCCAGGGCAGAGAAGGCAGGAGCCAAGGAAAGGAGUGAAAAAGAGGAGGAAGAUGAGGCUUUAUUUAAUGCACAAGAAAUGAUGGGUUUGCGUCUGGGCUUGGUGCUGCUGCAUAGAUGGGACAGCUUUUGGCAGGGAGCCUGGGGUCUGGAAACUCAGAAAAGGAGCCACGUUGGGGAAUCCUGGACCCUGCUUUUGGGGGACAGAUUGUGCCCUUAUAAGAUGAGAGAAACCCUGGCCAUGGAGUUCUGCCCUCUAAAAUUUCCUCAUUUUUUUCUGGAAUUUUUGCUCAUCUGCCAUUUUUCUACCAUUUAGACAUCCAACCCAGA